AGCCACCGUGCGCACGCCAUUCUUGCCGGCUUCAAAAUCAACUGGAUGAGCAUGUGCGACGCCGAGACGGGUAGCAAGUACUGGCAGGAGGAGGAGUGGGGCGACCUGAUGGCCGAAAGGGAGAUCCACAUUCCCGCCUCCAUCCUCCGCUGCCGUGCGGUGGCACGCGAGUUCCAGUUCUCAUCGGUGCGGGGAGCCCGCAGUUUGCAGCUCGCGCGGCGCGGGCGCCUGAUCGAAAAUUGCAUGGAGGAAUGGCGUUUCCACUUUGGGUUCGUCAUUCCAAACUCGACCAACACCUGGCAACAAACCAUCGAGGCG